CCCAACUCCGCUCAGCUGUCAUUCUUAUUUGCAAACAAAGAUCCCGUGCUCGGGUGAUUGCAGCUCCGCCGCCGCGUCCACCCCGUUUGUCACUUGAAUCGUGUCGUUACCGGGUAAAAUGGGGGAAAACGCCGACACCGAGAUCAUAGAGCACCACGUUGACGAGGAGAUGGAGAAGAAGAGGAUAUUAAGAAGCCAUGGCUCUUCGUUCAUGGAGAGUGUUACACCGUCGGAGAGGGAUGGACACAGUAGUACGCAGUCUUCCCACAGGCUACUGGCGUACAGUGAUGCGCUCAUCUCAAUCAUAGCUACUGUUAUGGUAGGUAGGUAGGUACGUAGGGAGAAGCAUGGACAGGUUAAGAAACUCUGUGGACAUAAUGUCAAUGUCUAGCCUGGUAGCAGUCUGUACUAACCGUCGAGAUCAAAUGAAAUUACUAGAGGGGCUAUGUCAUAAUAUAAUAUGCCAUUUAGCAGACGCUUUUAUCCAAAGCGACUUACAGUCAUGCGUGCAUACAUUUUUUGUAUGGGUGGUCCCGGGGAUCGAACCCACUACCUUGGCGUUACAAGCGCCGUGCUCUACCAGCUGAGCUACAGAAAACUCAUAAACCCUCAAGGUUCCAGAAUGGGGUGAAAAUGGCAGCCAUUAGCCAUGUUUCCUUCCAAUUGGCGACAGAUUUUCAUGCGAAUUUUCUAAAAUCCGCAUAAAAACAAUGAGCAUUUUCCCCACCAGAGAUGUUUCCAUCCAAUUGACCAGUUGUGAAUAAAAGCCUGUGCGUGAUGACGUAGUGCACAUAAUAACUUUUGGCGUUUAAAUUCCCAUGUACCGAAUAAAAACGUACAAAUGAAAUGAGUUUCCAUAGCAUUUUCAACUCUACUGAUGGUUUUGUCACAAAAUGUUGCUUUAAAUAGUGAAUGUGCCCACUCUGGUACGUGCUCAUAGCCAACAGGUCGCAGAUACAGUGCGGGUAUAGCCUUGAUGAGAUUAUGUUUAUUUGUCAAACAGCAGCCAAGCAUUGAUCAUCAUGUCACCAGAAUAUUUAUUGGAAUGGAGCAUCAAGGUAAUCACCGUGCACUUUCACCACCCUGUGAAGUAUAUCAUUUACUUCAUCUUUAUGCUUUCCCGAAUCGUAGUGGGAGGACCACGCAACAGAUCUGCUGACUCCCAAGAUUACUUUGGAUUUAUAUUGAUAUUAUAACCAAUGUCAAUCAGUUUUCCACGUUUUGAUUUUGUUUGUAGAAAUCACUUAAACAAAGAUUGAACCAGUUUUUGCCCAGUGGGAAAGAUCCAAUAUUGUCGAGCAUUUUUGUGUACGUUUUUUGUAAUUUAGCAGACGCUCUUAUCCAGAGCGAUUUACAGGAGCAAUUAGGGUAAAGUGCCUUGCUCACGGGCACACCUACUGAUUUUUCACCUAGUCGGCUCAGGGAUUAGAACCAGCGACCUUUAGGUUACUGGCACAACGCUCUUAACCACUAAGCUACCUGCCGCCCUAUUUUGUUUUGUCGACAUUUGGAAAAACUGUCUGGCUACCUUUGCUAACAAACAUACAGUGCAGAUAAAUACCUCAAAUUCAUUGUUUUACACAAUAUCUUAUCACAGCACUGGCAAAUCAUGGUUGACCAACUCCCUGACCAAAAUGGCUGACCUUUUAUACCAUCCAUAAGAAGGGUCAUGACCAUUCUAGUAUUCUAAUUUCGAAUUCUAUGGUGCUAAGGUUCCACUCCUUGUCUAGCCAAACCCUGCCAAACUAAUGCUGCGUUGAAAACAACUGGGAAUUUGGAACUCGGAAAUAUUCGACCUCAGUGCGUUCACGACAAUUGGGAACUCCGAUUGUGAAAAAUCGUUUUGAACGGUAAUCCAACUCAGAAAUUCCAAGUCGGGAACUCGGGCCUCUUUUUAGAGCUCUGGUUUAACAACCUGAAGAUCAUGACGUCAUGAUUUGACCUCGUGUUUUUUUCAGAGUUUGUAUUGAAAGCACCAAUAGGCUCAACGUUUGACAUAUGACAUGGAGUACAAGGAGUGUAAUGUUAGUGCAAACAGGUCUGGAUUUCAGGUAGUUACAUUUCUGUGUUCUCUGAAUUGUAAUAGACGCAAUAGAGUACCACAGUAUGAGUCAUAUUACCCAUAAAACCGAGCGGUCAAACAGGAAAUGGUUCCAAUCGUUUUUCCACCAUUCAUUUUUUCCCAUAGAGGAUUUUAGAAACACUUAAAAUAAGGGCUGUGUUUCGUGUAGGCUUACCCUGGAGUGACGUUUUGAUAACCUUGUAAAUCUCUCUAGGACAAGGUUACUUUUAUCAAUAUAUUUGCCUGCAUUUACCCCCCCAAAUGAAAUGCUAAUUAGCUGCUAAUGUGGCUAUUAUAAAUAACUACAAAUGCCAUGAUGAUCUGGACGAAACUGCCGAAUCGACGCAAAGGUGAGAAUGUGUGGAUUAACUAUGUUAGCUAAAUGUAGUAAUGAAUAAAUUGGCAACAUUUCUUUUAAAUGGACAAUUCUGUGAACUGUCUUUGUACAAGUUUUAAAUUGACACUAACUGUUAACAAAGGUGUCAGAUGGAGAUGAUGUGUAGGAGCUUGCAGGGAUUUGUAGUUUUGCACGAUGUAAACAUUUAUGCUAAUUAGCAUGUUCAAAUCGGGUACACACGUAUUAAUGAGGGCACACACUUCAUAUGUUGUGAAAUCUGUUAUGAAUCUAUUGUAAUGUUUUUAAAAUGUAUAACUGCCUUCAUUUUGCUGGACCCCCAGGAAGAGUAGCUGCUGCCUUUGCAGCAGGCAAUGGGGAUCCAUAAUAAAUACAAUACAAAUAGAGCUGAAAAUAUUGAUAAAAGUCACCUUGUCCGAGAGAUUUACAUGGUUAUCAAAACGUCACUCCAGGGUAAGCCUACACGAAACACAGCCCUUAUUUUAAGUGUUUCUAAAAUCCCCUAUGGAGAAAAAAAUGAAUGGUGGAAAAAAACGAUUGGAACCAUUUCCCUGUUUGACCGCUAGGUUUUAUGGGUAUUAUGACACCUCCACUGUGUGGCUCUAUUGCAAUUCUUUGAGCUGCAUCCAGCUACCCUUCAUGUCAAUAUUCUGUUCUGAAUUCCACUCUAGCACAGUAAUAACAAGAGAGGCUAUUCUAGCCUUCUGUUUUCAUAUACUGUACCUCAGAGGAUGUUGAUGGCACCUUAAUUGGGGAGAACGGGCUCGUGGUAAUGACUGGAGCGGAGUCAGUGGAAUGGUAUCUAAUACAUGGUUUCCAGGUGUUUGAUGCCAUUCCAUUUGCUCCGUUCCGGCCAUUAUUAUGAGCCGUCCUCCCCUCAGCAGCCUCCACUGGUCUACGUCCUGUAGCCAUAGAAAGCACUGGCUGGAACAGGAACAGGAAACACAGUACUGGCUGGAACAGGAACAGGAAACACAGUACAGUAGGUCUGGAGGUGUGUGAAGUUGCUGACCAUUGCUAUUGAAUUUCACAGCUUUGCUCAACAUCUUUCUGCAUCUGCAAUACACUGUGAUGAAACUAUACAUUUUUGGACUGUAGCAAAUAUAUUAAUGUUUAUCUUAUCUUUAACUCUGCGUUGUUGGAAAAGUACCCGUAAGUACGCAUUUCACUGUUAAGUCAACACCUGUUGUCUACGAAGCAUGUGACAAAUACAAUUAAUCUAUUCGUGUAUUUGCAGAUAUUACCUGUUGCACAUACGAAGGUCCAAGAUAACGAGGUAGGUAAACGUUAACCGAUAUUUAAAUAUUUAACAUUUUUGAGGCCUUUUUAAGCAUUCUAGUACAGUUAAAUAGUUGAAACAAUGUGUCAUAUGUUCAUUUGUUCAGUUAGGAACAGGUUGUUUAAUAACUUGUAGAUGAGAAAAAUGACAAAUCCAUGAACGUAUUUUUAUCGCACAACAGAUAUUCAUGACACAAAUAUUUUAGCUGCCCCCCGCGUUACAAAGAUGGUUCAGUUGUGCGAUAAAAAUAGCUCUUCUUUCUAGCCAAUAUUGACUGUAUAGAGAAACUUAAAAAUGCUAGUUCUAUAAUAUAUAUAUAUAUAUAUAUAUAUAUAGCAUAGAAUAUGCGCAAUAAUAUAUUUUGAACAUUUGAUACAGGAACAUCUGAUGAAAUGCUUAAAUAAAAAGUAUAUGUCUGUCUGUUAGGAGUUGAAGGAGAGCCUGCAGGUUCUGCUCACCACCAAGAUAGCUGUGUACUUGAUGACCUUCCUCAUAGUGACCGUAGCAUGGGCUGCUCAUAUCAGGUGAGGUCAUAUCAGGUCGGGAUUAUCAUAUGCCCCUGUUCAAAUACUCCUUCGUUUCUUGUUUUCUUGAGGUAAGCACAAACCUAAGCCUACAGUGAUUGGAUAGGUGUAAGCAAGGUUACCACCGUAUUAGUUUCACCACCCAUAAAAACCAAUUUAGAACUGCCACAUUCCUGUAAUAAUAUAAUGUUUGGUGGCCAUUUUGGAGAUGAUGGUCACGUUUUCCUCUCUCUCUCUUCGGUGUGUUUUUACAGGUUAUUUCAAGUCAUUGAACGUAUUGAUGACUGCCUUGCACUUCUCAACCUGGUAAGAAAAUAUGGUUCUCAAAUCACAGCACACACAACCCUGCACACACACCCACAUAACCCUGCAUCACAGCCACACACCACAAAACCUGCAUCACCACACCAAACCCUGCAUCACAGCACACCACACAACCCUGCAUCACAGCACACCACACCACACAACCCUGCAUCACAGCACACCACAUCAACCCUGCAUCACAGCACACCACACACCACACAACCCUCACACACACACUCCCACACAACCGCAUCACCACACCACACAACCCUGCAUCACACACACCACAUAACCCUGCAUCACCACACCACACACCCUGCAUCACAACACAUCCACACCCACACAACCCUGCAUCACACACACCACACACCCUGCCACACACACAACCCUGCAUCACACCACACCACACAACCCUGUAUCACAACACACCACACAACCCUGCAUCACACCACACCACACAACCCUGCAUCACAGCACACCACACAACCCUGCACCACACCACACCACACAACCUUGCAUCACAGCACACCACACAACCCUGCCCACAACACAACCACAACCCUGCAUCACAGCACCCACACCAACACCCACACAACCCUGCAUCACAGCACACCACACAACCCUGCAUCACCACACCACAAACCCGCAUCACACACACCACCAACCCUGCAUCACAGCACACCCACGCACACACACCACACAACCCUGCAUCACAGCACACCACACAACCCUCUGCAUCACAACACACAACCACACACAAAACCCUGCAUCCACCACCACACACCUCAUCACACACACCACCAACCCUGCUCACCACACAACCCUCAUCACACACCACACAACCCCUGCAUCACAUCACAGCACACCACACAACCCUGCAUCACACCACACCACACAACCCUGCAUCACAGCACACCACACAACCCUGCAUCACAUCACACCACACCACACAACCCUGCAUCACAGCACACACACACACCCUUGGUCAGGAUAUAGCAUGAGAGCACCAGGCCAGUUAACUCACUAAACAGUUUCAACUUCUGUCAUUGUAACGGUGGCAUGAUUCACCAUGUAGUGAACCCAUGUGAUUUCUGUGUCAGCGUUCUGAGCUUUCCUUUUCUAUUCCAGGCAUGUAUGAUGCUGAUCACCUUUCUGCCAUACACAGUGAGUCUGAAUCAUGUUCGAUCAGUCAGUCAGCGGGGAUGUGAACUUUACGCUGACUGACUGACUGACUUACUGAUAAGGGCCGGGACUAUACCAGUAUCGCAAUAUUUUUUCCAUGGCAAAAAUGAAAACACGAAGCAGAACGAACUCUUUGGUCCUUUAAAAACCUGCUGGAUGUAAUAUAUUGUGUGCUACAGCUUGGAAAAUAAAUACAUGUGACUCUGGAUGACAACAUGUUUGUUUCCAACUUGGGGCUAAAGAAGUUACAUCCGCGUUGUCUUUUGUUUCCUUGAUAUUAUACUAACAAGUAUCGCAAUACUGGUAUCGCCCCGACCCUACUUACUAGCUGACUGGCUGGUUGACUGGCUGGCCGACUGACUGGCUGGUUGACUGGUUGGUUGACUGGCUGGCUGCCUGACUGGUUGGUUGACUGGCUGGCUACCUGACUGGCUGGCUAGCUGGUUGACUGACUGGCUGGCCCGGCUAGCUGGUUGACUGACUGGCUGGCUACCUGACUGGCUGGCCCGGCUGACUGGCUGGCUGGUUGACUGGUUAGCUGCCUGACUGGCUGGCUAGCUGGUUGACUGGUUGACUGGCUGGCUGCUUGACUGGUUCGCUGACUGGCUGGCCGGCUGACUGGCUGGCUAGCUGGUUGACUGACUGGCUGGCCGACUGACUGGUUGGCUGACUGACUGGGUGGCUAACUGGUUGACUGUCUGGCUGCCUGACUGGUUGGAUGACUAGUAGGAAAUGUUUGAUCAGAGAUGAAAUUGGGAGCUGCUGUCUGAACUUGUCCAAUAAGAACACAGUCCCUGACACAUUUGUUUUCCUCUGCAGUUCUCCCUCAUGGCAACGUUUCCUGAGAACAUCUUGGGAAUCCUCCUGUUCUGUGCCUGUGUCAUGGUGCUAGGCCUCAUUCAGGUGAGAAUACUGUGUGUGUGAGUGGAAAUUCUGAACUCACAACCCUCCGCACCAUUGCAUGUUGUUUUUCUUGGUGUAAUUACACAGUAAAACUAUACUUGCAAAUUUGAAUCCCUUUGCUCCCUCCCUCCCCCUACUCCCCCCCCCCCCCUUCCCCCUCCCCCAUCCCCCCCUUCCCCCCCCCCUCCCCCUCCUCCCUCCUCCCCCCCCACCUCACUCCCUCCCCACCCCCACCUCGCUCCCCCCCCCACUCUCCCUCCCUCCCUCCCCACCUCUCCCUCCCUACCUCCCCCCCCUCCUCCCUCCCUCCCUCCCUCCUCCCCUAACUUCCUCCCCCCCCACCUCCCCCCCCCCCCCCCCACCUCCCUCCUCCCUCCCCCCCCACCUCCUCCCCCCCCCCCACCUCCUCAACCUCCUCCCUCCCCCCCUCCCUCCCUCCCUCCCCCUACUUCCCUCCCUCCCCCUCCCUUCCUCUCCAGGCUGUUAUAGUGGUGUAUGGCUUCAGCCGUCCAUUCCUGCUCAACGACCAGAUCCAGGUGUCGGAGAACCAUGUGUUCUAUAAACACCACAUCCUCAAGGUCAUCAUGAGGGUCCCCAUCAUGUGCUUCUUUGCUAGCAUCUUCUCAUUCAUCUUCUUCCAGCUGGUAUGUCAGUCCUUUUCUUUCCUUCUCUCCUCUUCCUCUUUUCUCUGCUUCUCCUCCCUUUUCCUUCUCUUGUCUUCUCUCCUCCUCCUCUCUUCUUUGGGACUAAAAAGUGAGGUGUGCACGGUAGGGGUGCACGAUAUAUCGGUAAGCAUAUCGGAAUCGGCCGAUGUUAGCUAAAAACGCCGGCAUCGGCUCUAUGUGUAGUUUAACGCGGAUGUUCAAAACCGAUGUCAAAGCUGACGUGCAUACCUGUAUAACGUAGGUAGAUGACGUAUUGACGCCACGAAAAAAAUACAACGCUGCACGUGCAACACAGCAUUCCUAACCAAGCCCACAAUGUCUGCUGUGUGGAUCUAUUCUGAAGUUUCAAAAGGAAGGUAACAGGAAGGCCAUAUGCAACGUUUGCGCUGCUAUUAUUUCCCGAGAAGGGGAGAAAGUGAAAUCUUUCAAUACCAGAAACCUAAUUACUCAUUUGAAAGUGCGUCACCCCGAGACGUUCAGCGACUACUUACAACGAAAGCAGAAAGAAAACUUAAGCUCACACUUCCAACAACUAAACAAGUUCAAGUCGAGCAGUCCUUUGGAAGAGUAAGAACAUUUGGGCGAGACUCAAAGGCCAAAUCCAUUAACGGCAAGAUAAUGGAAUUCAUUGCCCUUGACAUUCUACCUUUCUCUGUCGUGGAUUUAAGUUGGCUUUCGCCGACUAGUCGAGGACCGGUACACACUACGAAGUAGGCGCUAUUUUUCAGAUGUUGCCCUACCGGAGUUGCACAGUAUUGUUGAAACGUACAUCCCAUGAGCUACUUGCUGUGGGCGUCACCGCUAUUAGCUUCACGACUGACAUUUGGACCAGCGAUGUCAGCCCCAUGAGCAUGCUGAGUCUGACAGCACAGUGGGUCGACGAGGAUUUCGUACUGAGGAAAGCCGUAUUGCAUGCUCAAGAAUGUGCUGGUUCUCAUACCGCUACUGCCACUUCAAUGGCAUUUGAGAACAUGUUUGAAACUUGGAAAAUCCCCAAGAACAAAGUACACGCUGUGCUACGUUAUCAUGACAAAGGCUUUGGAAGAAUGCGGAGUUGCCAGUUUGCCAUGCAUGGCACACACGCCAGUGGCAACAGGUAGGAAGAUAGCGGGUCAUUUUAAACACUCGCAGCUAGCAUACAGCCGCCUGCAAGCAAUACAGGAACAGUACUUUUUACAUGAUAGAGGGCCUGCUGAAACCAAAACGAGUGCUUGGCGUGUACGCAGCCGACUAAUGAAUUACCUGCAACAAUCAGUACAAACCAGUGGACUCUCAUUCGAUGCAGACAAGAAACCGUGUUUAGGUGAAAUGUUCCAGACACAGCUGGACAAGAUGGAAACGGAUACAGUGACCGUGUCACCGAGGAAGAGGAACCACGACAGAAGAGGCCACGGACAGACAGAACUGAAACUUCACUGCUCGACAUGUAUGAUGAAAUUCUGGUUGAGAACGGAACGACUGAACGACAAAACAGCACAGCAGCAACGAAACAGCACAGCAGCAAGUACGUGAAAGAAAUAGGUUUUGAUGAUGUUUUACUGGGAAUGGGGACACACGUAAAUGCCAACAAAAUAACCUUUUGGUCAGUGUGUGUGUGUGUAUCUCUGUGAGAGAGACGCCUUGUAUGUUCAUUUUCUGUUACUACAUCGGCCAACAUUUGCCAACGUUGAUCUAUGCCUAAUGGUCCUUUUGGAAUGCAAGAAUAAUGCAAUAUGUUGUAUUACAUUUUAAUUUCCUAAAUGGAAGAUGAGAUGUUGUAAAUUUGCUCGCAUUUUACUAGUCAAGUCAGUUGAGCACAUUUUGAAAAGUUUUAAGUUGUGCCAUUUAUAGCAGUUUAUGACAUAGCCUAGAGUCAGUAAUUAUUUCAAGCAGUUAAAGCUAAAGUGAUUAACUGCAUUUUAGUUUAAACCAAUAUUUAUUUCAAAGCAUUUUUAAGUUUCUCCAUACAGUCAAGAUUGGAUAGUAAGAAGAGCCGCCAAAAACUUAACCAUCUCUGUAACGCGGUGGGGGGGGAGCUAAAAUAUUUGUGUCAUGAAUAUCUGUUGUGCGAUAAAAUACGUUCAUGGAUUUGUCAUUUUUCUCAUCUACAAGUUAUUAAACAACCUGUUCCUAACUGAACAAAUGAACCUAUGACACUUUGUUUCAACAAUUUAACUGUACUAGAAUGCUUAAAAAGGCUGCAAAAAUUUUAAAUAUCGGUUAACGGUAUCGGGUUUUUUUUGGCAAAGAAAAUAUCGGUAUCGGCCAAAAAUGUCAUAUCGGUGCGUCCCUAGUGCACGGCAGAAUUGUUACAACUACCCAGAACUCCAUAGUCUCCUAGCGAUAGUUUGUCACAAAAACCUGUACCAUCUUUACAUGUCUGUUAUCUCUCUUAUCACAGUCGUCAGUUCAACAUCUAGUUUUGAUUUACAUUUGGUUGAGUUGUCAACUAACGUGAAUUCAAUGUGAAAUCAACAAAACAUUUCACCAUGUCAUUGGAUUUAGGUUUAAAAGUAAAAAAAAAAAAAAAAAACAAUGCCUUUACAUUGACUUUUUUUGCAAAUCCAAUCAGUUUUACACGUUGAUUCAACGUCAUCGCAUAGAUUUCUUUGGUUGAAAUGACGUGGGAACAACAUUGAUUCAACAAGUUUUUGCCCAGUGAGAUCACUGUUUUUUUACAGUCUGCUUGUAAACUGCUUAUGCACAUAAUUAAUAUAGUAAUCGUUCAAUCAUCGGUCUUAGCAGAAACCUCUUGUAACAAGAUGUUCUCCCGUUGUCUUUCAGUCCCGUGUCAUACUAACGUUCUCCCGUUGUCUUUCAGUCCCGUGUCAUACUAACGUUCUCCUCCCGUCUGUUUCCCGGUCUACUACCUUCGUCCCUUGUUCCUUUCAGUCCGUCAUACAACGUUCUCCCUCCCGUUGUCUUUCAGUCCCGUGUCAUACUAACGUUCUCCCGUUGUCUUUCAGUCCCGUGUCAUACUAACGUUCUCCCGUUGUCUUUCAGUCCCGUGUCAUACUAACGUUCUCCCGUUGUCUUUCAGUCCCGUGUCAUACUAACGUUCUCCCGUUGUCUUUCAGUCCCGUGUCAUACUAACGUUCUCCUCUCUCCGUUUUCUUUCAGUCCUUUCGUCCUCUAACGUUUCUCCCGUUGUCUUUCAGUCCCGUGUCAUACUAACGUUCUCCCGUUGUCUUUCAGUCCCGUGUCAUACUAACGUUCCCUCUUCGCCGUUUUCUUUGUCAGUCCCGUGUCAUACUACGUUCGUCUCUUCCCGUUGUCUUUCAGUCCCGUGUCAUACUAACGUUCUCCCGUUUCUUCAGUCCCUGUCUAAUCCGUUUCCCGUGUCUCUAACGUCCCCGUGUCAUUCAGUCCCGUUCCUACGUUGUCUUCUCCCGUGUCUUCAUCCGUGUCUCUACUUCGUCUUCUCCUUACGUCAUACUAACGUUCUCCUGUCUUCAGUCCUGCUCUACGUUUGUCUUUCAGUCCCGUGUCAUACUAACGUUCUUUCCGUUGUCUUUCAUUUCCUUCAUACUAACGUUCUCCUUCCGUUGUCUUUCAGUCCUUGUGAUCCUAGCCAUCAUAAUCUUCCUGCCUUACAUCUCCCAGUCUCUAAAAUGGUGCCGCGCAAGCCUGUUGUCAUAAGUUGUUAGAUACAUGGUCUAAUGCUACGUUUGGUGAAAUAAGGUUGAGUUUGUAUACUUUUAAUUUCCUAAAUGAAGAUGAGCUGUCUUUAAAUUUUGCCUCGCAUUUCCUAGUCAAGUCAGGCUGAGCAAAGUUUGAAGUUUAGUUUUAGACAUGAUUAAUGCAGUUUAUGACAUAGCCUAGAGUCAGUAAUUAUUUCAAGCAGGUAAAGCUAAAGUGAUUAACUGCAUUUUAGUUUAAACAAAUAACACAACAGUACAAUGGUUGAAGAAGAGAGAUUUAACUACCGUAAUAUCAUAAUAUAUUUGAUUUGUAAGUUGAAGACUCUGCUGUUUUUACAUCCGUGUGUUACACAUGUUAUGUUGAUGUUACAGUGGCUUGCGAAAGUAUUCAACCCCCUUGGCAUUUUUCCGAUUUUUUUUUGCCUUACAAUCUGGAAUUAAAAUAUAUUUUUUGGGGGUUUGUAUCAUUUGAUUUAUACAACAUGCCUACCACUUUGAAGAUGCAAAAUAUUUUUUGGGGUGAAACAAACAAGAAAUAAGACAAAAAAACAGAACUUGAGCGUGCAUAACUAUUCAUCCCCCCCAAAGUCAAUACUUUGUAGAGCCACCUUUUGCAGCAAUUACAGCUGCAAGUCUCUUGGGGUAUGUCUCUAUAAGCUUAGCACAUCUAGCCACUGGGAUUUUUGCCCAUUCUUCAAGGCAAAACUGCUCCAGGUCCUUCAAGUUGGAUAUGUUCCGCUGGUGUACAGCAAUUGGAUUGAGGUCUGGGCUUUGACUAGGCCAUUCCAAGACAUUUAAAUGUUUCCCCUUAAACCACUCAAGUGUUGCUUUAGCAUUAUGCUUAAGGUCAUUGUCCUGCUGGAAGGUGAACCUCCGUCCCAGUCUCAAAUCUCUGGAAGACUGAAACAGGUUUUCCUCAAGAAUUUCCCUGUAUUUUGCGCCAACCAUCAUUCCUUCAAUUCUGACCAGUUUCCCAGUCCCUGCCGAUGAAAAACAUCCUCUCAGCAUGAUGCUGCCACCACCAUGCUUCGCUGUGGGGAUGGUGUUCUCGGGGUGAUGAGGGGUGUUGGGUUUGCAGCUCCUUCAGAGUUAUCUGGUCUCUUUGUUGCAUCUCUGAUUAAUGCCCUCAUUGCCUGGUCCGUGUGUUUUGGUGGGCGGCCCUCUCUUGGCAGGUUUGUUGUGGUGCCAUAUUCUUUCAAUUUUUUAAAUAAUGGAUUUAAUGGUGCUCCGUGGGAUGUUCAAAGUUUCAGAUAUUUUUUUAUAACCCAACCCUGAUCUGUACUUCUCCACAACUUUGUCCCUGACCUGUUUGGAGAGCUCCUUGGUCUUCAUGGUGCCGCUUGCUUGGUGGUGGCCCUUGCUUAGUGGUGUUGCAGACACUGGGGCUUUUCAGAACAGGUGUAUAUAUACUGAGAUCAUGUGACAGAUCAUGUGACACUUAGAUUGCACACAGGUGGACUUUAUUUAACUAAUUAUGUGACUUCUGAAUGUAAUUGGUUGCACCAGAUCUUAUUUAGGGGCUUCAUAGCAAAGGGGGUGAAUACAUAUGCACGCACCACUUUUCCGUUAUUUUAUUUUUUUUGAAUUCUUUGAAACAAGUAAUUUUUUUCAUUUCACUUCACCAAUUUGGACUAUUUUGUGUAUGUCCAUUACAUGAAAUCCAAAUAAAAAUCAAUUUAAAUUACAGGUUGUAAUGCAGCAAAAUGGGAAAAACGCCAAGGGGGAUGAAUACUUUUGCAAGUAUGUUAUGUUGAUGUUACGUAUAGUGUGUUAUGUUGAUGAUAUAUACAAAAGUAUGUGGACACCCCUUCAAAGUAGUGGAUUCUGCUAUUUCAGCCACACCCGUUGCUGACAGGUGUAUAAAAUUGAGCACACAGCCAUGCAAUCUCCAUAGGCCAACAUUGGCAGUAGAAUGGCCUUACUGAAUAGCUCAGUGACUUUCAACGUGGCACCGUCAUAGGAUGCCACCUUUCCAACAAGUCAGUCAACUGAAAUGGGUUUCCAUGGCCGAGCAGCCGCACACAAGCCUAAGAUCACCAUGCACAAUGCCAAGCAUCGGCUGGAGUGGUGUAAAGCUCGCCGCCAUUGGACUCUGGAGCAGUGGAAACGUGUUCUCUGGAGUGAUGAAUCACGCUUCGCCAUCUGGCAGUCCGACGGACGAAUCUGGGUUUGGCGGAUGCCAGGAGAACGCUACCUGCCCAAAUGCAUAGUGCCAACUGUAAAGUUUGGUGGAGGAGGAAUAAUGGUCUGGGGCUGUUUUUCAUGGUUCGGGCUAGGCCCCUUAGUUCCAGUGAAGGGAAAUCUUAAUGCUACAGCAUACAAUGACAUUCUAGAUGAUUCUGUGCUUCCAACUUUGUGGCAACAGUUUGGGGAAGGCCCUUUCCUGUUUCAGCAUGACAAUGCCCCCGUGCACAAAGCGAGGUCCAUACAGAAAUGGUUUGUCAAGAUCAGUCUAGAGGAACUUGACUGGCAUGCACAGAGCCCUGACCUCAACCCCAUCUAACACUUUUGGGAUGAAUUGGAUCGCAGACUGCGAGCCAGGCCUAAUCGUCCCAACAUCAGUGCCCGACCUCACUCAUGCUCUUUGUGGCUGAAUGGAAGCAAGUCCCCCGCAGCAAUGUUUCCAACAUCUAGUGGAACGCCUUCCCAGAAGAGUGGAGGCUGUUAUAGCAGCAAAGAGGGGGGACCAACUCCAUAUUAAUGCCCAUGAUUUUGGAAUGAGAUGUUUGACAAGCAGGCGUCCACAUACUUUUGGUCAUGUGGUGUAUGUUAUGUAUGUUGAUGUGCUGUUACCCCUCAGGCCAGGUGGAGGAGACGCCAGAUUCCUUCCUGUUCUACACGUACCAUCCCAAUGAACCCCUCAGCAAGGAAAGGGUGGAGGCCUUCAGCGAUGGAGUGUUUGCCAUCGUGGCUACUUUACUCAUCUUAGACAUAUGGUUAGUGUUAUUCUCUAUUUGGGUGGGCGGGCGGGCAGGCGGGCAGACGACAAUGAAGAAGAAUAUUGUUGUAAUUUUAAAUGACGCUAAUUUUUUAAUGUUUAUUUAAGCAGGGCGCCCUUCAAAAAGACGAUGGUAAAGAUGAUGAUCUCUGUCUCUCCAGUGAGGACAAUGUACCUGACCCAGUGGUGGUCCAGAACCAGUACGGUGGGAGUCUGGUGGCUGCCCUGCAGGAAUACGGUCCAGAGUACCUGGCCUACUUCGGCUCCUUCGCUACUGUGGCUCUCCUCUGGUUCGUCCAUCACUCCCUCUUCCUUCACGUCACCAGGUAAUGUAGAACAAAUUCAAUCCAUCAGUUAAAUGUAUAAAGCUCUUUUUACAUCAGCAGUUGUCAGGUCAAAGACAAAGAAAAUUAACUUGAGUUUAGUGUACUAUUGUGUAUUUGGAAAAGUUUUACUCACAAUGACUGUGCUUGUGUUACCUACCGGUACCUUAGUUGAAUGCAUGGACUGUGAGUCGCUCUGGAUAAGAGUGUCUGCUAUCUCUCUCUCUCUCUCUGUCUGUCUCUGUCUCUGUCUCUGUCUCUGUCUCUGUCUCUGUCUGUCUCUCUCUCUCUCUCUCUCUCUCUCUCUCUCUCUCUCUCUCUCUCUAUCCAGGACCACUCGUUUCAUGGGCCUCCUCAACACCUUCUCUCUGGCCUUCGUAGGGGGCCUGCCCUUGGCCUACCAGCUGACCCACGAGUUCCCCCGUAACUCCCGCAACGAGCUGGAGGCCAUCCAGAUCAGCUGCGUCAUCAUCUUCUUUGCCGGCGUCUUCCAGCUCGCCAUCUGGGUGGCAGCGCUGUUCAGCGAGCGCGAGACACUGCACCCAUACGUGCGCUACGGCGGCCGUGAGCACACCUUCAUGUUGGCCAAGCUGGCUCUGUACCCGUGCGUGGCGCUGGGGACCUUCUUCCUCACCUGCUUUCUCAGUAAGUUCAGCGCGUCUAUUUUCCACAUGAUGGAGAUUACGGUGCCGUUUGCUUUCCUGUUGCUGAGGCUGCUGGUCAGAGGCGGGCUGGCGCUGCUACGGCUCGUAUUCUGUCCUGAUAGGCCGGAGACGAGGAGCGCUCUAGAGGAGGAGGAAGAGGAGGCUAGGAUGCCCUUCAACGCCAUGAUCACU